AGUUUUCAUGUAUUGUUCAUUGGGUUUUGCCAGGAGUUAUCCAUGAUUGUGCCACUUUCCUAUUUUCCCAUGAAGCCAUAUUGUUGAUCCGAGACAAUUAUUUACUUUCAAAACCUUUUGAUUUUUUUUCUGGCUUGAAAAUCGAUAAUUGGUCUGUCUGGGUGCGCACAUGGUACAACACAACAGUCUUUGACGAGUUACAACAUCGAUCUGUCCGUCCAAGUCACUAUAGCGUGGCGCUGUGUAGACCUCUCCUGAUAAGAUCAACUUGAGAUCGAUCCACGUACACUAUGGUCGAAGACACCUCACCAGCGGCAGCUCAGUCCAAGGCUCCCGACAGAAAGUCCCGCCGCAGCCCGUCGGGCUACUCGCCCACCAGCGCCCGUUCAACUCUACUCGCGUUGCCCAAGACCUACUACCUCGCUCCGGCGGUCGCAGCAGCCGUACCCUGCCGGAAAAUGCGUUUAGGAGGCCGCGGAGCGAUGGGUCGCUACUGUCGCUUGCUUGUCGUGCUCAUCGUCUGUAGCACCGUAGUGUCCAUGAUUCUGUUCUCCAGGCUGUGGUGGCUCGGACAAGAACUGACCGGUGGAUUGAAUGGGCUGUUUGCAAGCGAGACAAGGAAGUUGAUGGAUCCAUUCGAAGAGGAAUUCAAAGGGAAAGACCGGAUGCCGCCAUCCAUAGAAUCGAUGGAGGAAAAGAAGAAAUCCCACACGGGGGAUGCACUCCUAGAUUACUAUCUGACGAUGUACAUUGAUGGGAAGGAGAUCACGUGGUACAGUGAGGUCAACAAUAGGGACAAGCUAAUGGAGGUGAUGAAAGACUAUCUCGCUAUGAUGCUCGAAGCUGACGUACAAGUGAGAUGGGAUGACGUCAGCAAAAAGAAAAAUGGCACAGCCGUCAUAUCUCCGAAGCCUACCACCCCGUCCGAUAUCACUUUGUCUGAUUGGCUCACCAUAGUCGCCCAUUACUCUAACAAGGGCGUAAAGUUGAACUUCCCCGACACCAAGUCCCUUAUGUAUGGCGUGCCCGUGCUGUCAAAUAUGAAGAAUAUACUCCACGCCCCUGUGUGGGUUCACGCUGACAUCUUGCCAGGGCCCAAUGGCAACACAGUUGUUUCUGUGAAUGUCGAGGAUUUCAUCAAGAUGACUAGGUCAAGUCUAUUACCUAAACUUUCUCUCUCGCUAGGCUGGUCCUCGGCGUGGAACCCAGACCCUGUCCAGCAAAGGUACACGUGGCAAAACGUCAUCGCCAUGGCAAGGGCCUGCGCCUUGAUCAGGGCGCCAAUCUCCUUUUCGGUGAGGGCUGUUUUUGUCUCCAAGUCCACUCGCCAGCUUAAGUGGCUGUUGAGCUUAGCCAAGCGCUUCACCGUCACUGUAUGGGCUGACAAAUACGACAUUAUGCCCGUGGCCGAACUGGCAUACUUCAGGCAGGUUAUGGACCGCAAGCGAGUGUUUUACAACCUGCCGGCGAGCUUCAUGGAAAACUUGAAGGCUGUGAAUCCAAUUACCAAAGCUGUUGGCACGGAAGGAGAGGAAGACCAGGGACCCAAGUGGGAUAGGAACUUGUGGGAUCCGGUUCUGAUCCACGACAACUCCCUGGCCUUUCUCGGCAAAGAGCAGGCGGUCCUAGACGGGCCAGGCAGCUGGCUGGUCUCAAAAGUGCCAUACAAAGCCGAGAUGAAGACAUCUCACACCACAGUGGUCAGUGGUAAGGUGCAGUUUGUGGACACUGAGCCCGCCACGCCGUCGUCGAACUCGGGACUGGACGUUUACAUCCGUAACUCCGGCGUCAACCCACCGCUGCCGGACCAAGUCCAGGGCAUCCGCCUAAGAAUACUCCAAGAUGGGUCCCUCCAGCUCUCUCCAGUCAACCUGAACCAGGCAGGCGCAUUCAAGCUACAGUCCACGGCAAAACUUCCCGCCAGCGAGUGCUACUCGUUUCAGCUGGUGGAUAAAGGUGACGGGUACCCGUUGUAUUGCAUCGUGAAACUCUGGCAGUGCACCCCAGGAGAGAGUACCGAUAUGGACCCUGCGACCACCAGUGUGGGUCUGCAUUUGAACGUUGCCUAUGAGAUGAACAAACAGCUAUUCUACGUUGCCGUUAAUGGUGGAAGCGACAAAAAUGCGGUGGUUCUCGAAGAGCUAGCGGUGGAUGACAAGGCCUGGAUCUAAGAACGUCCCUGCUUGUAAUGAGGCCUAUCAGGGUUGACGAGCAAAUGAAAGAAACUAAACCAGGACUAUGACCUCAGACCCAUGGCACCCGUGCUCUAUCAUGCACUACACCGUGCGGACAUUCUCGGUUCCUCAACUGUCGUCUUGGGCGUCGUCUUGUGCUCGAAGGCGGUUUGGUCAGUGGCUACGUCUAUUUGCUGUCAGAUGGUAAUGCCAAAAAACGGAAGCCCUGACCGCAGAACGAGUCGAUUUGGACGUGGCCUGACUUCGAAUGUGGGACUUUGAAUCAGUUUCUCAAUUCAAACUCGCAAGUUCGAGUGAAGGCCUUUCUUUGAAACUUUUGCCGCCAUUUCAUAUCGGCGGACAAAGUUUGCAAGAUGUUCACUGUUGGCAACAGCUAUUGCCUGGAACUGCACAUUACAAGCCUAUCCCAUUUAGUUCAUUUAGUAUUUGGUAGUAAGAUUUAUCGCUACUUUUAAAACUGCUUGAGAAUUGUUUAAACACUGAAAAAUUGCCCUUUUUUCUUUGCCGGGGAUCGCCACAGUUUUUUCCUAACAGAAGAUUGGAAAGUGGGUGCAGUCAGAAGCCAUGUCUACGCAGUCAGCAGAUAUCACACCCGUGUAUGACUUGGCCAAUGAGCUCUACAUUCCAUUCGGGAAAGUAGACGGUCCGGCAAAAGAGAGUGAUCUCCAUCAACUUAAAUUUGAUCAGGAUGAUUAAUUAGAAGUUUAGAAUGCACCUUUGUGACGACCCUCUGCAUCAGCACCGUGCUGAAAUAGUCAUGCUGAACUUGCCACUGCUUAAUUAAAAAGUAUGCACAGGUUUGCGUUAAUUUCAGUGGUCCUUCAAGAUCACAUAAUUGCAUGCACGUAAAUCAAGAACAGGUGUAAAUCUUCAGCAUGCUGCAUGAGGCAAGUCUUAAUCCAAGACUAAGACUUUCAGGGAGGGGAUUUUCUGUACACAACCGUGAAAGAAAAUUAUUUGGACCAAUGUAAAUAUACGUAAUAUUUCCAUGUUAAAAGCGUGGUCCCAAACAUUUGCCUAAAAAUGUUGGAUCCUUUACCUGUCUCUUACUGUCAGCCGCGCACUUUUGAUCGAUUUCACAAGAACCAAUAACAUGAUCCAGAUAUUACAGUGUUCAGCGACACUGAAAAAUACAUAGCGUGAUUUGGACUGCGGUCGAGUUACUGCCGCUUUUUGUGUAGAACUGUAAAUACGUAUGUGUCCAUUUUGAAUGGAAAGAAAAGGAGAGAAUGCUUGACUGGAAUCAAGUAAUAAAAGUGAUUCAUUUGCAAAACAA